AUGUCUUCAAAUUCAAUCCUUGAUAGUUACCAAUGCAAUCAAUGCAAAGAGCGUCACACCAAUUUAAAAAAAGCCAAGAGUUGUAGAGCUCAAUGCUUUAAGAACCGUCAUAGAAGACAUAAUGAUAUCCAGACUUCACAGACCACGCCUGUUCCUGGACAAGUCAGUGUUGUUUUGAACACUGUCUCGAACGACACUAUCGACAGAGAACAUACUGAUGCAAUCGAAGAUCAGAUCAUGGAUACACUCAACAGCAAAGAUAAUGAUGAUCCAAUUAUGAAUAUCUUCAGUAAUGAUGACAAUGAUGAGUCUAUGUAUGAUGCGGAACUUGGCAACGACAUGGAUAUCAUUGAAAACGAAACAUCUCCUUUGGUUUUUGACUUCAGUCAGUCUGCACCUACCCCUGACAAAGAUGAUGCAAAGAACCUUGAGUUUCUCAAGAUCAUUAAGGAUUUUGGUAUCUCCCGCAAUGCUCAUGAAAUGAUAGUCAAGCAUUUCAACAGCAUUUUGGAAACGUUGACUUGUAUUACAUACAGAGCAUGUACUCCCCAUCUUGGCAAAAAGCUUUUGAAGCGUUUCUCGGGUGUUGAAGAGACAGUCCAUGAUAUCUGUCAGAGGGGAUGUAUGCUCUUUACCAGUCCAUCCCAGACUGAGUGCUCCAACUGUGGACAAAGCCGGUACAAAACAAGACGCGGAGAAACCGAGGGUGGUGAUCUGGUUGCUGCUGCCACAAUGAUACAGCUUCCAUUGGCGAGACAACUGGCUCUUGCAACUUUGCCCAGCACCAAUAUCCAUACGCUGGAAAGUUUCCAGAAUUUUUCCCAGGCCAGUGCAUCCAGCCACAAAGGGUUAAACGGACAAUCCCCCCUGGCAACAUUGAAGGUAUUCUCUGGACCAUUGUUUUUUGCCCUCGAUGAGAUGCAUGGACUUUGCCAUGGAAUAAGCAAGCAGAUCUGGGGUUUGGUUUCUGGUACCUACAGAACAGACCAUUGUUUUGCUCUUUCUUCUGGUGUUCAGAAGGAGAUUGGUACAGCAAUGUACAAAACAAGAAAUACCAUCCCUACAUCCUUCCAUGGCGAUUGGAGGGAUGUAUACAAGAACCCCAGGUCAUUCAAGGCCGUCGAUUGGGCAGACUUUCUUCUGUUCGUCAUCCCUACGCUGGUGGCAGAGCAUAUUGGAGAUGCAACUGCCCGGAACGCGUUACUUGGCUUGGUUCAAGCAUGUAACCUACUCAUGAGCUGGGAGUUAUCAGCAGAGGAACAAACCUCUAUCAAAAGUAAACUUGAAAUAUGGAACAUGUACCUGGAAUCGCUGCUUACAAGUGGAAAAAUCAAAAUCAAUAUUUUCACUAUAAACCAGCAUCUUCUUCAGCACUAUCCUCUCAUGAUUGACGCAUACGGCCCACCUUGUGCAUAUAGCGCCAGAUCCGUGGAACGGGCAAUCGGUGAAUACUCAAGGACUAUCAAGAGUAAUUCUGCUAUAAAUGUUAACGCUGGCAAUAUCAUGCUUGGCUUAGCACAAAUACGACAAGCAGAGGCCGGAGCCACUGUCAUGAUUACAGAAGCAAGAACAGCACAACACUUACAAUAUGAAGAUUCCACUGCUGGUUGGCCGUUGACAGAUGAGGGUGAGCGUGUUGGUGCUGGGUCUGAUAUUGAGUUCUGGGAACCUUUGAGGAAUAGAACGAUCCGAGAUAGUUUUGAAGGCAUUUCUUGUCUUUCGAAACUUCUUGAAGACUUCUACAAAUCAAAGGGGGAAGAGUGUAGUAUGAUUGAAGCAGCUAUACAAACUAGCCACAAGGCAUUUGUCAAUGGUUGUGUAAUUGACUCUGCACUUGACCAAAAUUGUGUAAGGGAGGCACAUAGCAUCAGAUUACAGAUUCAGGUUGAUGAAAACCGCAACAUAAAUUCUGCAUACUCCCCGGUUUACAAGGAUUUCUUCGGAAAAGUUGUUGUCUUCUUUGAGCACAAGCUCAACAACAAGAGAUGGCCGCUUGCUCUUGUAGAGAUUGCGGCAGUCCGUUUGGUAAAUGGUAUACCAGUUGUUAACAAUGGGCAAAUGAAGCCAAAGGUAGUUCACCUGGCAGAUGUCAAAGAAUUGGUUGGUUUGGUGAAGUCGGAUGCGACUAUAAAUACAACAACAACAACAACAUACAUAGUGUGGCCAGAGCUUAACCGCGGCCCAAAAUUGUCACUUGGUUCUCUUGCAGACCUAUAA